AUGGCGGAAAUACUAGGAUCUUCACUUAUAGAUCAGCUUCUACAUCUCCGCAGUGAGGCCUCUCACCCGGAAUCUUCCCACCACCUCUCCGCUCUACUAUCCUCGCACACCGGUUCUUGGCCCAUUCGUCACCUGAUUCCAACCUUUCAGGACAUCUACAAGUCUGUCCCCGAAUCUAUCAAGGCCAAUAAUAAUGAAUCAAUCACACGCCUCUGCGCACAAGUCAAAGCAGCCACACCAAACGUUGCAGAACUAAUAGGGACAGACUUUCGCCCUGGUCUCAUUGAUGCUAAUACCGGACGGCAUCUGACACAUAAUGCUAUCCGACAGUUCUUAGAGAGUUUCCAGAUUCCUGUGGGACCUUCCCGUCAUGGAAAGCCUCGCAUCGCUGUCAUCUUGCCUAACGGCCCUCUUAUGGCAGUGGCUGUUCUUGCUUUCGUCAACAGGUAUACCAUUGUACCCAUGACAACAAACACGGUGCCAGAGCAGCUGCAGGUGGAUAUAGAAAACGCACAGGCGGAUGCUGUUGUCGCGCUGGACGCUGACAUUGGCAAGUUGCAGCUGGAUAAUGGUAGUCGGCCAGUGUUUGGCAUUGAGCAGCUUGAAAACAUGACUUUCCGGGUGAUCUCUGCACAAAAUGCUUCUAGUGCAUGUGACGUUCCCCCCAAUUCUGGGGACGACAUUGCCAUUAUCCUGUUCACCAGUGGUACCAGUGGUACCAAGAAGCUGGUUCCCAUCACAACUUAUAACCUCAUCGCGGGUACUAUGGCCACCAUAGAGUCGGUGGAACUGUCCGAGACAGAUACCUGUCUUAAUAUGAUGCCGCUGAACCAUGUUGGUGGCAUCAUGCGCAGUAUAUUCUCCCCAAUCCUUGCCGGUGGUGCCACGAUAUGCUGCCCAUCGUUUGACCCUAGCAUGUUCUGGGAUGCCGUGCAAAGCCCUCUUAUGGCACCAACUUGGUAUUAUGCCACGCCCACGAUGCACCAAAUGAUUCUUGCGGAAGCCGAGCACCGUCCCGAUGCUGUGAAGCAAAGUGCCAUCCAGUUUAUCUGCAACGCUGGUGGUGGUCUUCCUCCAACGCUUGCUGUGCAGCUUCAUGAUACUUUCCACUGCUCUGUCCUCCCCAGUUACGGCAUGACUGAAUGUAUGCCUAUUGCUGCACCGCCGAGGAAUUAUAAGCUUGAUCGCCACGGAACCUCUGGACGAAUCGUUGGUCCUGAGGUUGCAAUUCUGACCGAGAGUGGCAAGCCUGUCUCGCAAUAUGGGAUGCUCGGACACAUCUGCAUUCGUGGAUCGCCUGCUUUCGAGGGAUAUCUGACCCCCGAGGGCAAUAUUGAUACCAGCGCGUUCAACGAAUCAGGCUGGUUUGAUACUGGCGAUCUUGGACACCUCGAUGCAGAUAAUUACCUAUACAUCACUGGCCGCAGCAAGGAGGUCAUCAAUCGUGGCGGCGAAAUUAUCUCUCCGGUCGAAGUGGAAAACGCUGUGCUGACCACGGCCAAGGAUCCCGAAUCCCCACUGUAUGGGCGCGUCACUGAGACAUUGGCCUUUUCCGUCCCAGACGAUGUGCUACAGGAAGUCGUCGGUGUGGUUAUCGUCACACCCCCGGGCCUCACUAGGCCAGAUCUUCGCCAGAUACACGAAGCGCUGCAGCCUAUUAUCCAUCAGCCCAAGUGGCCCGCUCUGGUAGUAUACAUGAAUGGUGUGCCGAAGGCAAACAACAAGAUCCAACGCAUCAAGCUCGCAGAGCGGUUGUCCUUGGAGACCUUAACCGCGGCCACGCCCCUGGCAAACCGGCACUACGAAGCUACCUGCCCCCCACUGGUGCUCCACUCAAAAACAAAUGCCCCUGAGGUGCACGUGCAAAUCAACCCGCGCGACGGGCUCGCACAGGUUGUUUUGUUUGUCCAGAACCCAGAUGAUGACCAUGUGACACCUGGCGAGCUCCAUAACCAGCUCGAUGGCUACCUUAUACCUAGUCGUAUUAUUCCCCUGAAGGGUCCCAUGCCUGUUGAUUUCUACGGAAACCCCGACCAGGCGGCUAUCAGUGAGGCCAUACACGCCCGCAACUCGGAUGGUGAUCUAUCGUCCGUUCAGCGACGCGUGCGGGAGAUCUUCGCUGCGGCUUUGUCUUGCGCACCAGAUGAAGUCUCUGCACUUACCGACUUCUUUGCUGCCGGAGGUGAUAGUCUUAGUGCUGGUCGUAUGGUUUCGCAACUUCGUCGCGAAUUCAAUAUUUUCCUUGCCGGUGACAUUCUUUUCCACCACAGCACCAUCGGAGCGAUAGAGCACAAGAUCACUGAAGCCGUUGAAGUCAAGGCAGCUAAGGGUGAUGAUGGGGAAGUUGAUUUUCCCGGUUGCGAGAAGACAUACAGCAGCACGAACCCAAUCAUAUUAAUCCUGCACCUGUUCCCGACUGUGCUCUUCUUCCCCAUGAAGCGCGCCCUCCAGUGGAUGAUGUUCGCAUAUGUCGUCGCUGAGUGCUCAAAUCGAUUCCCCAUUCGUGAUAAUCUCAUCGGUCGCUUGAUUCUGGUUGUUUUUGCCGUGAUGUCUGCUCGUUUAUGCUCACAAAUUGUGUCUCCCAUCUGUGCUAUCGCCUUCAAGUGGCUCGUCAUCGGUCGCUAUAAGGAGGGCAUGUCCCCUAUGUGGGGCCCGUACCAUACCCGCUGGUGGUUGACCCAGAAGGCAUUACAGGUGUGCGGAAAGGGUCUCUUCAACAACUACAAUUGGUCCCGUAUCCUAUUCUACCGCCUACUCGGCGCAAAGAUUGGAAAGAAUGUCACCAUGUCCGCAUCUGCUAAGCUUGGUGAAUAUGAUCUGAUUGAGAUUGGUGACAAUGUCAUUUUGGAUACCUGCCUUUGUCGCCCCUUCGGCGUUGAGCGCAAUACCUCCAUGCUUUUGAAGCGCAUUCGCAUUGGCAAGGACUCGUCUAUCGGCAUCAAGUCGAUUGUAGCUCCUGGUGCCGAUAUCCCCGAGAGGACCUGUAUUGGUCCCAACUCCUCGAGCUGGGAACUCCAGGACGCCGAUGAGUCUAACCGCCAAUUGCUCACCUCUCAGAUCCCUCAGCCUCACUGGAUUUGGAUUCUCUUGAUUGUUGAGCCAAUCAAGCUGAUUACUUGGAUGGCUGCGCGUAUUACCUGGAUGGGUGGUCUUAUCCCUAUGGUUCUCGAGUUCCCUACCCCCGCGGCCGACAUGUUCCGGUCUACCCUAGAUUGGUACACCAGUGAUCAACGGGUUGCAUUCCAUAUCACUGCACGGAUCUGUCGUGCUGUUGGUGGCCCAGUUGUGCUCUUUAUUGCGGUCUUGAUCAUCAAGUCCCUGCUCGAUCUCAUCUGUGGAAAGCCCAAGCCUGGUCCUGCCUCAAGACAGACCACUCGCCAAAAGGUGCGGAGUGCUGUGCUUGCGCAGAUUUUACCUGCAGGUGACAUCCACGAGCUCACUCGCCUGACUGGUCGUCACUACGAAUUUGUCUCGAUGGCUGUCCGUGCCCUUGGUGGCAAGGUUGGCAAGCAUGUCUACUGGCCCAGCGUUGGUCCCGUCACUGUCGACUUUGAUCUCAUUGAGGUUGGUAACGAUGUUGUCUUUGGUUCUCGCUCAACCCUGGUCACAUCUGAUGGCUACGGUCGUGACCGCAUCGUGAUCGGUGAUGGUACUAUGGUCGGUGAUCGUGUCGUCGCUUUACCCGGUGCUACCAUCGGCCGUGAAGCCAUGAUCGGCUCUGGUGCUUUGCUCCGACGUAACGGUUACUACCCGGCAAACACUGUCUGGACUGGUAGCAAGGGUGGUGAAGCUAUACAGUUCCCAAGUUCUACUUUCACCUCGACAACCAGUUCGACCGCUCCAACCAUCAUUGGAGACGGUAGUAGCAGUCCCAGCAGCGACAGCGAAGACGGGAACACGAUUAGCGAGAAAACCAUCAACGAGAAGGAGACCAAUUUUGGUAGUAAGAAUAAGACCGCCACUGUUACCGAGAUUGUUGAGAAGGGUUCCGAUACCUGCAAGCCUUUCGGUCGCGCCUUCUACCGUCGCGAGGCCAACUACUACGUCCUCCGCAUGUGGCAAAUUGUGAUCUAUUCUGUUUUUUCAGUUAUUGUCACUACUGUAUACUGGCUCCUUACUGUGCUGUUCUCCCUUUUCGCUCUCCGUGCUGUCCUAGACUACAGCGAUGCCGCUGGUUUUAAGCAAGGUGCUUGGCGCCCAUUCGCUCUUUACGGCCUUCUCGCCUCGAUUCUAUCUGUCAUCACCGCCGCUCAAGUUUUCCUUGCCUUUGGCAUUAUUCUCUGCAUUAAAUGGACGGUCGUCGGCCGCCGCAAGGAAGGCGCCUAUCACUGGGACAAGAGCAGCUACAACCAGCGCUGGCAAUUCCUCCUUUCCUGCGAGACGCUGAUUAAAGACUGCUAUGAUGGAGUGGGUCUCCAGCCAAUGAUAUCUGGCUCUGCUUAUAUUUCCUGGUACUACCGCCUCUUGGGCGCGAACAUUGGAAAGGACUGUGCUAUCCACGCCAACGGUAGUCCCAGUAUCUUCUUCACCGAGCCUGACCUCCUGACUCUUGGUGACCGCGUUGCUGUCGACGAUGCCAGUUUGGUUUGUCACUUGAACUCGCGUGGUGGAUUUGAGCUGCACACCUUAAACGUUGGAGACCGGAGUAUCCUGCGGGCUGGAUCGCGCUUGAUGUCCGGUGCUUCGAUGGGCCAGGAUGCUUGUCUUUUGGAACAUACUCUGGUUCUGUCGGGUGACCAUGUUGAGAAUGGGGACACGCUUCAGGGAUGGCCCGCUGAGGGCUUUGAAGGGAAACGUGUUUAG